GCUAUUAUAACUUAAAAUAUUUUAAUUACAAAGACGAGUAUAGGUAUGUAAGUAGGUACUUGGGUAGUGAAGUACAUUUCAACUAAGUUUUGUAAUAAAGUACUUAGGUAUUACUUUCUGUGGUUAAAUUAUUUACGUAAACAGCGUAAAAAAAACUUUAACACUCAAUCGUAUAGAGCGCGCUAGACCCGACUGCGAUCUACCCCUGGGGCAGCUCGCGAUUGUAGGUAAUUAUUUCACGCAGGUAGCAAGAGUGACAGAGGCCUGGCCUUACUUCAAUUAGCGCACUUUAUGACGUCAUAUGGAGGUGAAAUAAUGUCAAUAAUCUUACCAGGUGUCGCUAGUUGGGACUAAGGUGAACUUAUUUGUUACGCAGAUUGGCACACAGUGUCAUUAUUCAAAAUUUGCGAUAAUUAUAAAAUUUUCCGUUUUCUUGUGCAUGAAUAUGUACAAAACAAUGCCUUAGUACUGUAUUCUUUAAUUAUUUACACAUUUAUAGCUACUUUUAGGAAUAUCCGUAGUUUAAAUGCCCUCCUUAUCAAAUUCAUAUAAAAUAUUUCAGAAAGAAACAUUAAUUCUACAUUAACUACACUUUUCUAACCAAAUUAACUUCCCCCGCUAUGAAAUCUGUCAAAUAUUUAUUUAUAAAUAUUUACGUGGCUGAAAUUAGGUACUUUUUAUUAUGUACGUCAAACCAAAUAACAGCCGGACGGCAAAGACGUAUUAAAAAGAUAGACAGGGUACACACUAACAUUAUUGUAUUUUAAAGUGGCGCAGGUAGUACUAUAUCAACGUACAGUUAUUUAUUAUGACACGUUGCGCUAACAAAAAGAGACAAAUGUUAGGGCAUACCUAUCGUUAGAAAAGAUGAAUAUACAUCAUUAUAGUACGGCCUCUGAGUUAUUACCGAUUUGACAGAUUAUUCUUAAAUUAAUCGAUAUAACCUUGCACGAGCGACACAUUUGCCGAAUGAUUUAGAAUACCUCUUUAAUAUAAAACUUUAUGUCAAAAUGUCAGAAUCAAGUAAUUUUCCAAUUAACUCUGUUUCAAAACUUAAAAUAGUUUGUAAAUAAUAUGAAAACAUUUAUUUUUUGUUCUUUGGCGCGCUUGUACAAAGUUACAUCGUGCGUCUAGUUUUCAUAGUGAUGUGCUUGAUAGUAUUCGGUCCGAAUUCAUUGGAAUAGAUAUGAUAUUUAUUUUAUAUGGAUAUUUUUAUUUUACUUAUUCCUUCGAGCAACUAGACUAUAAUGCUACCAUUUUUUUGCGUCUCCUAAUUGCACUGUGUUGCCAGUAUCUCUAUGAUUUUUAAGAUUUAUGUGUGAUCCAAAGACAGAAAUACUGUUUUCUAUGAUUUAAAAAUAAAUACAAUUAAAAUGAUUAUGUAUAAUUUUUAACAUUCAUAAUAUAUAAAACAACAUUUAAUAAAUAUAAUUUUCUCCCUCAAUUAAGCAAUGUUAUAGGUGUUUUUUUUUAAGUAAUUGGCGAUACUAUGCUGGCAACACCCUUACCACCGCUAUUUUAAUCUGUUUAGUCGUCUUCCUUACUCUCAUGCGCACAGACUACGUUCUCUUGUGUAACCGUUGUUUUUUGACUCGGCUUUCUCCUGUUUAUCGUUGCGCUUUAUUGGACUAAUUUUGUUUGUGUUUGGUAAUUUUGUUGAAAAUGCCGAAACGAGGAAAAACAUUGAAUAGUCAAUGUCGUGAGCUUGUACUAAAGCUACAGGAUUACUUUGAGCGUGAGUCACAAAAUGGCGGCCCUUUGAUUCCUGUCACUCAAGUGAAAGAUCGGGUUUCACAAGCUCUUGGAAUUGGUGCAAAAACACUAUAUAAUAUAAAUAAAGAAAAAUUUGGUGCUUCUGGAAGUGAAGAUAAUGUUUUACGCACUCCUAAGAAAAAACGAAGACAAAAGCCCGUGACAGGUGUUGAUGUUUUUGAUGCAGAUGCAAUAAGAAACCACAUAUAUGGUUAUUAUACUAGGAACGAGUUUCCAACUAGACGUUUGCUUUUGGUCUCUUUAAAAGAAGCUGGCUUGUUUAAAGGCGGUAAAACGGCGUUGUCAAAACUAUUGCACGAAAUUGGGUUUGAAUAUAAAAAAACGAAUAAAAGGAAAAUAUUAAUGGAAAGAUUUGAUUUAAUAAUUAAAAGGAGCGAGUUUUUAAGAGAAGCCAGAAAAAUCGAGUCUUGGGACAACGUCGUUUUUGUUGACGAAACAUGGUUAAAUGCGAACCACACUGUGUCACGCUCUUGGACUGACGAAACAAACAACAUCAACCUCAAAGGUUCCAAUUGGAAAAGGAUCGCGACUGAUAAUUUGUCACGCCGGUUCUGCUGGAAGUGGUUUCUUUGAAAAUGGACUGCUGGCUUUGGCGUCAAAAAGUACUUCCGAUUACCACGAGGAGAUGGAUACAGACACUUUUUCAACAGUGGUAGAGCCCCGCGGCAGCUUUUGCUGUCGCACGGAUGGGCCGGCUCGAACCGGGGUAGUACUACGACCUCACAGAAAACCAGCGUGAAGUAGAGGUUUACCUCUGCGUUUCGCUUGGUGAGUGCAGGUGGCCGGAGGCCCUUUUUACUGGAAAUGAGGCAUUCCAUCUUAGUCCUCACGGGUGACAACGCAUCUACAUUUUGAUUUGUAACAGAGGAUAGAUGUAGAUGUCUAUGGGCCGCAGCAACCACUUACCAUCAGGUGGACUGUGUGCUCGUUUGUCACCCUCAUCCUAUUAAAAAAAAAAAACUUUUACGAAUUGGUUCGAAAAUCAAUUAUUACCCAGCCUGCCAGAGCCUUCUAUCAUAAUAAUGGACAACGCUUCAUAUCACUCGAAACAAGUGAAUAAAGCGCCUACUCAGGCCGACAAGAAAGCUGAUCUCGUAGCAUGGCUACACUAAAAUGGAAUUGAAACUACUGCCGAAAUGCUAAAGUCUGACUUAGUAAAGUUGGUACGCGAAAAUAAAACAUCAAGAGUCCGUUAUGAAGUAGAUGAGAUAGCUCUAGCACAUGGACAUCGGGUACUUCGAAUUCCGCCUUAUCACUGCCACUACAAUGCCAUUGAGCUAAUAUGGGCACAAAUCAAAGGUUACGCAGCUCGUAAUAAUACGACUCCGCCAUUCAGUACUAAUAAUAUGAUAUUAAAAGAUGCUUGCAGCAAAAUAACGAAAGAAGAUUGGGUCAAGGUCGUCGAAAAGACUCGAAAACUAAUAACAGAAGAUUAUGAACGCGAUAUAAGAGUGGACACCAUUAUAGAGAAUGAAAUUGUCAUACAAGUGACUGAUAGCGAUGACAGCUCUGGCGAAUCUGGUUCAGAGUCUGAAUAAUUGUUUUAAUAAAUGAUAGGUAGUCAUUUAUUAAAACAUCUUGUACCUACUCUAUUCAUUAAAAUGUGUAACGGUGUUU